AUGGACCAAGGAAUCUCCAUAAAUCUGCUUCUACUUCAUGAAUUGAAGCUUUGAAUUCAAUCUUCAGUUACAGGGAGAGUCCUUUCAGGUCAAAAGGUGUGCUAUGGUGGCUUCAAGCGUUCCUGCUACAAGAUAGCUUAUUUCCAGGACCUAUCUAGACGCGUGGGCUUUCAGGAGGCCCGCCAAGCUUGUGAAAUGGAUGGCGGGGCUUUACUGAGCUUGGAAAGUGAAGCUGAGCAGCAACUAAUAGAAAACAUGUUACAGAACCUCACUAAGUCAGGCUCUGGGAUUUCUGAUGGUGAUUUCUGGAUUGGAUUGUGGAGAAGUGGUGAUGGACUGACCACCUCCAGUGCUUGCCCUGACCUCUACCAUUGGGCUGAUGGAAGUAUGUCACCCUUCAGAAAUUGGUAUACAGAUGAGCCUUCCUGUGGAAGUGAAGCCUGUGUUGUCAUGUAUCAUCAGCCAACUGCAAACCCUGGUCUGGGAGGGCCGUAUCUUUAUCAAUGGAAUGAUGAUAGAUGCAACAUGAAGCACAAUUUUAUCUGCAAGUAUGGUCCAGGGAUUUUUCCAACGGUGCCAGCAGGAAAUCCAUAUGACACAAACAAACCAGAAGAUCAGUAUCAUGUUAUAGCCACUGAAACAGGUAUAAUUCCAAAUCUAAUUUAUGUCGUAAUACCCACUAUACCACUACUACUGUUAAUACUGGUGGCUUUUGGGACUUGCUGUUUCCAGAUGCUUCAUAAAAGUAAAGGAAGAACAAAAACGAGUCCGAACCAGUCCACACUUUGGAUUUCAAAAACCCCUAGGAAGGACAGUAGCAUGGAGGUAUAAUGAUUUACUGACUGAAAGCAAAGCAAAAAUAACAUUUUGCAGUCGGGCUGUAUUAUAAUGUCGUCUGAGAACAUUAGCUUGGAAUGGCUUGAAAAUGCAAAGGAUCUACAAGAAUGAACUGUAAGCUCCCCCUUGAGGCAAAUGUUCAGAUCAUUUUUAUAUAAUGUUUGAUUAUUAAUUCAGUAACAAAAUAUGCCAUGCUAAAUAAAGGGUAUGUGUUUAUUUUGCUAAGAGAUGUAAGUCAGCUAGUUGUGAGUAAUGAAUUGAAAAUGCAUUUGAAAUUUUUAU